AUGGCGUGCGCGCGGCGUCCGCUGGCGGCCGCACCGGGCUGCCAUGUAGAAUUCGCGUUCCCGCGGCCGGUGCGGGUGCUGGACGCGGUGGUCGAGGACCUGCGCGUGGCGGGCUUCAGUGCGCCGCCCAGCAACGGCUAUCUCAGCGCGCUCACGGCGUUGCUGCGCGCCUCGCUGUUUGGCCAGCAGCCACCGCCGCCCUCUCCACCGCCGCCGCCGCCGCCCACGCCCGCGAUGCCUCCGACGACAUCCCCAACCGCAACCUCCACCACCACCACCAACACCAACACCACCACAACCACUGCUUCCUCCUCCCCUGCAGCUUCAUCAUCACCUCCUCCUCCUUCUUCUCCUCCGCCGCCGCCGCCGCCGCUCGUCGAGACCUCCACCACGCGCACCACCAUCUCCGUCAAGCUGAUCUCCACUCUGCGCCCGCGCAACACCGCGGACUGUGGCAUCCAGGUCUCCAUGCCCGCAACCGUGUUCGCGUCUCGCUCCGACUCAAACUCCCCCGUUGCGGCCGCCGCCGCCUUCUCGCCCUCGCGGGCUCCGCAGCAGGAUCCUCGAGGAUCGCCCGGCCCGGUGGCACACCGCUCCAUCUCGUGGUCGAGUGCCACGUCCGUCACGCAGCACACGACGAGCUCGUCUAUCGCGACCUCCCCCUUACAACCCGCGCCCGCCGGCCCCGGCCACAAGCCUCCACGCACCUCGCCCGCCUUUCUCCGCCGUCUGUCGCCGAACCUCGCCGCGCGCGUCAAGCUCCUCGACGUCACCGCCCAACCCGCCGCGAACGCAGCCACCAGCAGCAACAGCAGUCGCAGUCGAAUAGGCAGGAUCCCCGAAGAGCAUCUGAAGGAGCUCGACAGCCUCCAUCGAGACCUGUCCAUCAAGGUUCAGAAGAAAGGAAGAGCCUGGGGCGGUGCUGGUGCGCGGUCGACCACCCAGACCCCGGAGCCGGCCUCCGCCAGCGAGCGAGACGAGGCCGAAUGUGUUGAGCCGCGCGAGCCGGAUAACCCUGCACCCGGAUCCGUGGCUUCAGCGACGCACAGCACACCGCAGGAAAUGUCCAUAGCCGAUGAGAGCCCGCGGGAUCGGUCGCAGCGGGCCGGAGACUUUCGUGACUCGCUUUCAAUUGUUGCUUCUGUGGAACAGAAGGUCCCAGAACCAGGUCUUCGGAGGAGGGACAGCGAUCGGGGCCCAACUCCACCGCCCAAAGACAGUCCGCCCGUUGCUCCUCCUGCCAGCUCCACUGCUACGAACGUCGAAUCCUACUUUAAUCCUCUUGGACUCCAUCGCACCGAUUCAAUAUACUCCCUAUCCCGAGCGUCCUUUAGUAAUCAGCUCUCGCAACUUACCUCUAUCAUCCUGCCCCAGCCCGCCACCCUAGAAGCCAGUAUCGCCGCGAUCCCCACCGCUAGCGCUGCCGUAAAAGCACUCACGCAGGCCGCUGAGCAAAUACAAAAAUGGAUAAACAAGUCUUUGGAAGUAUUGGGGGGGCUGGAUGCCGACGACGACGUGGAAUGGGCAGCCGCUGGCGGCAGGGAAGGGCUGGAUGAUGUCGACAAAGCAAUUACAAAAUUUGAAAGCCUGGUCAAUGUCUAUGUCAAGGCCAUUGAGGAUGUCCAGCUUCGAAACGAUAUCGCUGACGUGGGCGCCAACCAACUCAAUGGCAUUGUUAUUCAAAUGGAAUCAACACUGCAAAAUUGGGCAAAUGUGCGAUCCCUGCUUAGAGGGGUGAAGCAACAGGUGGGGCUGGCCAUGGAGUGGGAAGAGCUCUGGAAUGCAGUGCUGGGCGACGUAGGCCUGGAGAUCGAGAACCUCGCUCGUUUAAUCUUUGAAAUGGAGGAAAAACGGCAUAGGGCCGUGAUCUCGGACAUGGACAAUGACCCGGCACAUGGUCUGGAUAUUAAUGAAUUGGAAACCAUCGUGGAGGAAUCUCCGGCGAACGGCAAUACCCCAUCCAAUCCCAACUUCAGUUUUGCUCCUGUCUUUCCGCCGGGAAGCGCUCAGCUGGAUCUUCAAACGUCCCAGAGCCCUCAAGACGAAGCCACCCUUCUCGCCCUAUUUGCGCGGAUGCAGCCGCUUCGGGCCUCGCUUGAUUUUCUUCCCAUGAGAUUGUCGAUGUUCCGUGCUCAAUCGGAGAACACCUUCCCAAGCGCCUGUGACGAGCUGGAUGACCGGAGGCAGCGACUCGAGAGCGGAUACAGGAAACUCGAAAUGGAUGCUGAAGCGCUAAGAAGAGAGCUGGGGGAAGAUAGGUGGAUCAUCGUCUUUAGAAAUGCUGGCAAGCAGGCCCAGAAAAUGUGCGAAUCGGUCGAGCGGAGCGUCAACAAGCUACAAGAAGCUAUCCAUGGCGGGAUCCAACACAGCAACCCUGCAGCAUUGGCCAAGAGGGCAGAGAACUUCGAGGCAAAGAAAGAGCAUUACGGAUCGGCUAUUGAGCGGGUGUUUUCGAUCAUCCAGAAAGGCAUCAAUGACCGUCUAACUGUCAAUGGGGAGGUGAUUCGCCUGCUAGCUGAUCUUCGCGCACGAUACGAGUCUCUCCAGGAAAAGAUGAGAGCCAUGGAUGCAGUAUUAGAUGAGCUUGCGGCUUCUAGACACCACAAUCUGCGAGACUCGGUUUCCACGGUGGUUACGAUGGACACACACGCAUCACGGAGUGCUUUUGAUACGCCCGAAAGUUCACCCGCCUCGUCUGUGAUCAUGGCGAACGGAGCAUCAAGCGCAACGGCCAACGGCUCACGACGCAGCAGCGCCACGGGCAACGCUGCAUCAAGGACCCCCUCCUCUAAAUACCGGCGUUACUCUGCGCUGCCGCAACCGGUGUCGCCGCCGAGCCAAACCACACGGAGACAGCCCGCGCCACGGUCGAUCUCAACGGUCACGGCGUCGUUGAAACCUCCCGCUCCCAAGUUCAAGACAAUCUGCCCAUCGCCCACGCCUCCCGCCCGGCCCGCCUCACGCACAUCGGGUCUGAUCAACCCGCUCAAACCGCGAUGGAACAACAGCGCUAACACCAGCGACCUGGUGAUCGGGCACGCCUACGGGCCCUUAUCGCCCGGGUCCCCGUCGACAACGCGACGCCUGCCGGUCCCGUCGCGCAGCAUCUCGCACCAGCUGGCCCCGCGCAGCCCGCUGAGCCGCGAGUCGUCCGCGUCGCCGCUGCCGGGCCACCGCCCCCACAGCCGCGUCGACCAGCAGCACCACCGCGGGCGCUCGGGCGCGGCGUCUCCGGCUCCGCGAACGUCGUCGUCGUCGCUGAUCGAUCCGCCGCCGUACAGCAAGCUGCGCAAGCAGUCGCCCGGCACGCCGACGCCGGCCCCGGGGGCGGCGCGCAGCCGGUUGAGCUACAUGGGCGGAUACAGCAGCAGCGGCGGCGGCGGCGGGGGUUCUCGGGAGAGCUCGACGCCGAGUCGUCCCGGCACGGCGAUGGGGCAUGCCAGCCGGCGCGUGAGUCUGCUGCCGAUGCCCAAGGGGCGGUCGGGACGCGAGAGUGCGGCGGGCGAUCGGCCUCCGUGGCGGCACUGA